AUGGACGGCACAUUUGCGCCAAUCCAAACCCCACCAGCCAACGAAGAGCGGAUGCAGAAGUUGCACUCCACCAACUCACGUCCCAUCGAACGUAGCUGGUCUUUGAAUGAUGGAUACAGCUGCCAUACCGCGGAUGAAGAAACUGCAGAAACUGCUCUUGGCGAUGACGGGGGCGAGGCAGAUGAAUCAUCUACCUUUAUUGUUAGCUGGGACGAGGAUGACCCGAUGAACCCUCGGAACUUCAAUACCAUGAGGCGGUGGUUGAUUGUUAUCAUUUGCUCGCUGGGCUCUCUUUGCGUGACUUGCACCUCGUCAAUGUAUACCGCUACCUACGACCAGAUAACAGAGGAAUUCAAUUGUUCUCGGUUGGUCGCAACGCUCGGGUUAUCGCUCUUUAUAUGGGGCCUUGGUAUUGGCCCGCUUUUUCUGGGACCCCUAUCAGAGUUUUAUGGCCGAAGAUAUAUAUAUAUUACCUCAUUCACUUUAUUCUUGAUCUGGCUCAUUCCUUGCGCUGUGGCUGAGAAUAUUGAGACCAUGCUCGUAUGCCGCUUUUUUAAUGGUAUCGCUGGGAGCGCCUUUCUCAGCGUUGCAGGUGGAACGGUAGGAGAUUUAUUUGCUCGCCAUGAACUGAGCGCGCCUAUGAUGCUGUACACGGCAUCGCCUUUUGUUGGACCUGAAGUAGGACCAUUGGUUGGUGGGUUCAUAAAUCAGUUCACUACAUGGCGCUGGACGUUCUAUGUGCUUCUUAUCUGGACAGGCGUAUUGCUGAUUUCAAUUGUUUUCUUCGUCCCGGAAACUUAUCACCCCGUCAUUCUGCGGCAAAAGGCAGAGAAACUUCGCAAAGAGACAGGGGAUGAUCGAUGGAAAGCACCGAUAGAAAGAUUAAAUCGCUCGGUGGCACGAACUGUCUUACGCUCGAUCUACAGGCCAGUUCUUCUCCUGACACUGGAACCUAUGUGCUUGUGCCUCUGUGUGUUCUCAGCCAUUUUGCUGGGUAUAAUAUACCUAUUUUUUGGUGCCUUCCAGCUGGUAUUUGGCAACGUGUAUGGCCUUGAACUGUGGCAGCGCGGUCUUUGCUUCCUCGGCCUUUUUGUGGGAAUGGUUUUUGCUAUUGUAUCUGAUCCCUUCUGGCGUCGCGUCUACCAACGCUUGGAAGAGAAUCACAAGAGCACGGAGGGAACAAUAGAAGACUUUCAACCAGAGUGGCGUCUACCUCCAGCGAUUCUUGGUGGCCCUCUUGUCACCAUAGGAUUAUUUAUAUUUGCUUGGACAAUUUAUCCUUAUGUGCAUUGGAUUGUACCCAUAAUUGGCAGUGCAUUCUUUGGAGCCGGGACCAUUCUUGUAUACUCAGGUAUCUUUACGUUCUUGGUUGAUGCGUAUCCAGUCUUUGCUGCAAGUUCCCUAGCAGCGAACAGCUUCGCUCGCUCAACGUUCGGCGGUGUCUUUCCCCUUUUUGGAAUCCAAAUGUACAACAAUCUGGGAUACCACUGGGCCUCUUCGCUGCUCGCUUUUCUGACGCUUUUUAUGGCGCCAUUUCCGUAA